AUGCAGGCCUUCAAGCUCAGUCUUCCGGACGGCAAGACCGUGUCCGGCCUCCACAGCAUCCCGCCGGCCACCGACGGAACCGGAACCCGCCCGGUUCACCGCCCGCUCCUCGUUGGACUUCAUGGCGGCUGCUUCUCGAGCGCGUACUUUGACGUUGACGACUACAGCGCCCGCCACGUCAGUGCCGCCACGGGGGUGCCCUUUGUCGCCAUAGACCGCCCGGGCUACAUCGACACGUCUCCCGUCGAGACGAUCCCCGAGACCUCGUCCUUUCACGAAGAAUGGGGCAUUUUCCUCCACAGGUCCAUCUUGCCGGCGCUCUGGGACGAGUUCGGCGUUCCCAACGGAUGCUCUUCGAUUGCGCUGCACUGCCACUCGCUUGGCGCGCCGGGCGGCUGCGUCGCGGCCGCCUUGCACGGUGGCGAGGCGUCGCCGGCCUACCCACUCGCGGCCGUCACCAUCUCGGGCUUCGGCAACGCUGUGAGCAACCUCCGCACCAAAGACUUCACACCGCCGGACGAUCCGCCGCCGCGGACCAUUUCGUUCCCGUACCACAUCAAGGACGCGCUCAUGUUCCCGCCGGGGACCGCUGACCCGGACGUGCUGGCGCAAACCAGCCGCCUCGACCGGCCGAUGCCUUACCGGGAGAUGGCCGACAUGCGCAGCAGGUGGCUCGCCACGUGGCGGGACAGAUUCGCGGGCAAGAUCCGGGCACCCGUCCUGGUUGCGCUGGCGGGGCGGGACGGCCUCUGGCUCACCGGCGACGAGGAUUUGCGCGAGUACGCGGCGGCUUUCACGGGGAGUAGACGCGUCGAGGGCAGCGUGAUCCCCGGGGCGCCGCAUAACCUGGAGAUGAGUUAUUGGUCUCAGGGGUGGUAUGCUCGCGUCUUCGGGUUCGCCCUGGAGGGAGCGGCGUCUUUGGCCAUCGGCAAUGGAUCCGAAGAGGCGCCGGCGGAGCAGUGA